CACAAAUAAAUAUGAAAACGAUUAGUGCCGUAUUACAUACAAGAGUAUUGCAAAGCGCCGUUAUAGAGAAUCGAAAGAGUUAGACCCUUCUUCUUUGCUCUAGAACUCCUAAUUUAACUCCAUAAACUCUCUUUCCAUAUUCUCCCUUUUCUUCACAAUCACUCCAUUUUCCUACUCAAAUUCUUUGCAGAGGCAUCUCUUCAAUUGAAACCAGAAGAACCCUAAAAUAAUUUAUCUGCUAUUCUAUUUCCGCAAACUCAAAAUAACUUACAAAUUCAAAUCAAAAUAAAAAUGGAGGGAAGCAAGGACCAAAUUGUCGAUGUAGGAUCAGUUGUUGAAGCUCUCUCCGCCGAAGAUGAUGAUGUUCCUAUUUAUGAAGUUGAGAGUCUUUGUAUGCGUUGCGGCGAAAAUGGUACCACAAGGCUAAUGCUUACUCAAAUUCCUCAUUUCAGAAAGAUUUUGUUAUCGGCUUUCGAUUGCCCACAUUGUGGUGAGAGGAACAAUGAGGUUCAGUUCGCGGGUGAGUUACAGCCACGAGGAUGUUGCUACACUCUAAAGUUUCCUGCUGGAGAUACAAAGAUGCUAAAUCGACAAGUUGUGAAAUCUGAAUCUACUACAAUAAAGAUUCCUGAGCUGGAUUUUGAGAUUCCUCCAGAAGCUCAGCGUGGAAGCUUGUCUACUGUAGAAGGGAUAUUAACUCGAGCUGCAGAAGGUUUGGAAGCACUUCAAGAAGAACGAAAGAAAGUGGACCCUAACACUGCAGAAGCAAUAGACCAGUUUCUUUUGAAGCUGAGGGCAUGCGCUACUGCAAAUUUCUCCUUUACUUUUGUUUUGGAUGAUCCUGCUGGCAAUAGUUUUAUUGAGAACCCGUAUGCUCCAUCUCCAGAUCCAUCACUAUCUCUCAAGUUCUAUGAGCGAACUCCUGAGCAGCAAGCGGCACUCGGCUAUGUUGCUGACACACCUCAGAUAGGAGAGUCUGUGGAAGCAGUGACUGGAACAGAAAAUCAUGCUAUUCAUCAGAUUGCUAGGGAACCGCAUGGUGCAGUUGGAGCUAGGGCUGGUCGCCAAGCUAUAGCACAAGGAAAUACAGCUGAAUUUGUUGAAGCUAUAUGCCGAUAUACUGCACCAGAAGAGGUGAUGACUUUCCCAACAACAUGUGGUACUUGUUCAAGUAGAUGCGAAACAAGAAUGUUUGUUACUAACAUUCCAUACUUUAAAGAAGUAAUCGUCAUGGCAUCAACUUGUGAUGCUUGUGGCUACCGUAAUUCUGAGUUGAAGCCCGGAGGUAGUAUAUCUGAGAAAGCAAAGCGAACCACAGUUAUUAUAAAAAAUGUCAAAGAUUUGAGCCGUGAUGUGAUUAAGUCAGAUAGUGCUAGCGUUAAGAUUCCAGAAAUCGAUUUGGAGCUUGCCAGUGGAACAUUGGGAGGAAUGGUCACAACUAUUGAAGGUCUGGUGACUAAAAUUUGUGAAAAUCUGGAGAGGUUGCAUGGAUUUACCGAUGGCGACAGUCUUGAUGAGGAACAAAAAAAGAAAUGGAUUGAUUUCAAAACAAGAUUGAACAAGCUUUUGAGCCUGGAAGAAUGCUGGACUUUGAUUCUUGAUGAUGCUCUGGCCAACUCUUUUAUUGCGCCAGUUACUGAUGACAUCAAAGAUGAUUCUCAGCUCACAUACGAGGAAUAUGAAAGAACCUGGGAGCAGAAUGAGGAAUUUGGCCUGAAUGAUAUGGAUACAUCGUCCGCAGAUGCUGCUUACAACAACUAGUUUUGUAAUUCCCCUCGUCAUUUUGAUGAGAAAAUUCUGCUGUAACUUAAUAGUCUUACUCGAACAUUGAUAUGCUUUUUACUGUAGCCUUUUUCCUGGGUGUUUUACAGAUCUUUAGUUGAACUGAUGUUUUUUACAACGUCAAGGUGAUGUAUAAUUAUAUUAUAUCAUACA